AUGGGUGGCAUCGAUCUACCAUUGGAGGAAAUCCUGGCUGAAGGUAAACGCUUCGUUCAAUGUGAAACACCAGAGAUACUUAGAAAGCGAAAUCGAGCACGAGUAUCCAUGCUCGAAAUUCAUGAUCUCAUUCCAAACAUUGAUUCAAGACCAGUACCAGUCACGUUUGACGCACUCUUCUGUGAAUCACUUGAACGCUAUCAAAUGGUUGUCAUGGGCAUUUAUCGUCUUUUGGAUUUGCUUCUUCAACACGAUCCAACCUCGCAAGAUAAUAAAUCGGUAGUUGGCCCCAAACGUAUCGUCAUCUACUAUCCACCGUACGACUAUGAAAUGCAUCCAUCAGACAUGGUCUGUGCUUUAGAUCUAGAAUAA